AACGACCACUUCUUUCCACGAGCUGCUCUAGACACCAAAGAAGCCACCCCUCUGGUUUCAUACCUUGCCGUUGGUCUCGCUACCCAGCUACUUUUCUGGCGCCCUGCUCGGCCUACACCCUACCAGCCCGUUAUCGCAUCCCUGACCUCCUUGCCAUUGGUAGAACCGCUGGGUUGAUGUACCUCUCUCCUAUCCGAACUCCUCGAUCAAUGCUCGCGAACGGCCGUUUACUCCAACACCAGUCUCAGUGAACCCCCUUCCGAGGAGUGCCAUCGAUUCCAACGCCUCGAACUGGUCGCCUGUGUUUCCAUUUUGUACUCUCGAGACACUAAAUCCUUCACGAAUCCUCCAUCACACCGCCCCCAACCUCGCUUGACUUCCCAGCAGUCCUCGUCUCUCGCGACCUCUCUCCGUCUCCGUCGUCGAUCCGUCAGGAGUCAAAACGACCGGUGGAAUCUUGUACGGAGUAUUUGAAUAAAGAAACAGGCACAGGUGAAAAGCGGGCGACUCGUUGAUACCAUGGCUGGGUGAUUACCGCCAUGUUCUGGUCCGAAGCGGAAUUCCCAAUCGCCAAAGUUGCGAAGCAAGUUGACGGUCUACGAAUCUACACCCUGACACACUCCUUCUCCGCGCUGACCUGGCUCUCUGAGAGCCCUUCGACCCUGACUUGAGAAGCAGACUCUGCAUUAAGAGCGGGAAACAUCGCGAACAUACGUGCUGCUGCACACGAACUCCUCCGAAGCGCUUGCAUUCCAAAAUAGGCCGACUUUGCAUAUUGACCGAUACCUCCUUGAUUCGCCAGUCGCCUUUUCAACCGCAGACAAAGCAGGUCCCAGCUGCAGGUACAUUCUGCAGAAAAGCGUUACCGGCACAGCUGCACUGGAGAUCUCGAACCUGCACCCUGCGGUGUAGCCAGGGGCUCCUCCAGCCUUUGCGCCUCGAUCAAGGUCGCUGGCCACUGCUCCUUAUUCCACACUCGUCAUCCAUGUACCAGCAUCACCCCGGUACCUGAGCGAAUGUGAGGCUCUCUGUGAACCACCCCGCUGAAGGAGCAAUGGACACAUCUGGAGAUUCUGUCGUUCACAGCAGCAGACGGUCACGGUCGAACUCGACAUCAUCUCCAGCGCCGGCCUCCAGGAAACAAUCUGCUGCCACCGUCCCAAAACACCUAGACUCUCGAAGUGCCCAGCUGAGAACAAGGCCCAGGAGUCCAGAAAGCUCGAUGCCGCCCACGAGUCGUUUUCGCUACGACAGAAGUCGUUCAAGAAGCCGCCCAGAGAAUUCAUUGAGCCCAAACCUGAAUAUUAACCGCUGGUCGCAUUCGACAUCGUCCAGUGUGUCUGGUAUUGAGUCAGACACGAUCCGCAUCCGCGCGAACACAUCAUCUCGGCGGAUGAGUAUAGGCCCCUCGCUGGUGUCAUCUUCCACGCCGGCAAAACCAUCUAUGCAUACCCGGAGAUCCUCCAGCCAGAGUUCCCAGGUGAGACAGGGCUCUGGCUCGGCUUUCCUUCAGGUGGAGCGGACUCAUGCUCCGCGAGACCUCAGCCCCCUCACCCCGACGUCGAUGUUUAACCCCAGCGCCGGGGAGUACUUCGGCGAGACCUGGCAGAGUCGUAAAACGGGCAAGAAUGGGGAGGCGGUCGCAGUAUCGGUACAUUAUAUGAGAACGACGGCGCAGCCUAAUAUGAGAUCCUCUGAGAAUGUUACAACUCAAUACAUGACGCAAGCUUCUCGACCAACUACCCGUGAAAGCCGCCCUACAACGGCCGGCCGGGAUGGAUCCAUCGAUUCUGCGGCUUUGUCAAAUGUGCCCACACGUGUUAAAAGUCAUCGAAGUCCGACCCAGAAGACAAUGCUCUCCAAGGCUCUGGCAGUAGCGAACAAUGCCGUGUUACUUGACAACGCCCAGAAUAUUGAGGGAGCCAUCGAAGCAUAUGCUGAAGCUUGUGAUCUGUUGCAACAAGUUCUGAUCCGGAGCUCGGUGCUCGAUGACCGGAAGAGGUUAUCCGACAUUCGAAACGCAUACUCAAAGAGAAUCGCCGACCUGCAUGAUCUUGAUGAUUCCUUCUCCGAACUGAUGGAGAAAGCUUUGCCUGAAGAUCCUCCGCUUGAUGAAACCAACAACUCUUUCUUCAGCAGUGAUGGCGUCGAACCGGAUACGACCGAGGUUUUGGAAUCUGUCCAGAUUCCCCCUCGACAAGAGUCUUUACUGCCGGAAAUAUUUGGUGGAGAGUCAUAUCUCAAUGAGUCGUCAACCCGCAAGAGGAUCCAGAUCCCCAGUCUUGCGGUCCCUAUGGACGCGCAGUAUAUGCCACCGCCUCUUUCGCCCAGACGACCGCCGUCUCCUAUCUCGGAGCGGGACUCGAACACACCUCUUGCCACCAGAAGACCAAGCGAUGCUCCAAAAGCUGCUCACCAUACUCGAGAAGGUAGCAGCGAGUCUACCUCUUGGUUGGACACCCUCGAAGAUGGCGAUUCUUCAACGUCUCGGUCCUCGCGACUCUCAUCUUUGGAUUUUGGGAUCCAGAAUAAUCACAAUAUUGUCGACGACUUUGAAGCGGAGUUUGACGCUGCUCUCGACGCUGCUGUAGACGCUGCCUACGAUGAUAACCUGACAGAGGAGCCCACUCCGAGGCCGGAUAAGAACAUGCAGGAUUUCAACGAAGACUUCAGUACACCCGUACCUGCCUUCGAAACCACCUUCAAAGACCACCCCACCCUGUCGUCCGAUGUUGAGCUGACUCGAGAAUAUGACGAGGGAGACUCGUCGGAGGAAGAGGAACGGUUGUUAGAAGAAAUGACGAAGGGGUUUGUCUUCGAUGAUUUUUCGUUUGACAACAAAUCGAAAUCGGCACUUCCUCGACAGUCAGACUCGAGUACAUUCUCAGGCAGGACCUGGACAAGUUCUCUUCCGUCGACAACCACAACAAAUAUCACCACCCUGAGCACCCUAGCAGAAUCGCAAGAGGCAUUAGCGGAAACGUCCCCUCGACCACUUCCCCCAGCAAAAGACGCUCCUCUGACGUCGCCUCCAAAAACGGUCCUUUCGCAGGCGCCGCCACUGGCACCACCGGUCCAACCCAGCAGACCGACCAGUAUAGAGAAAUAUAGUGGAUUGAAUAUUCGGGAGAGGAGAUUCUCAGGCCGAAGUGGGGAGCAGCUAAAGAUUGAGACGUUUGCACGACGAAAUUCUUCGACUAUUCCCAUCAAGCCGAUUGCCGCAGCUCCAUCCGUGCCAGAACUGGAUAUUCCUGGAGAACAGCCAAAGGCGUCUCAGACAGUGCCGUCAGAACCCACAAACCAUCCCCUGGCCCCCAUUACGCCGAUGACGACGUUACCCUCCAAUGAUUCUGUCCAGAGUGAGUCCCCAGCCACUCCUGCCUUGACACAAGGUGGUUCUCAGGGCAGCAUUGAGGAUUCAGUAGUCAUGCCGCCGUCGCCUGCAAAGACCGGGAAGAUGGGGCCUCCCGCCGCUGUCAAGAAAAAUCUCUCAUCGUCGAGUUUGAGGGUGAGAAAUCUGUCUGUGGCAACGACAGAAACAAGUACAGAGUCUCCGAUCACGCCAGUCAGCGCGGGGUUUGGCGGAGACAGCAGAAAGGUUGUGCCGCCUUUACCAUCAGCUGCGUUGCCGACUCCAUUGACGGCCGCAUUUGGGCCUCAACUCCUCCAGACUGGUGGGAUGUACUUGUUCGAUGAUAUCACGGCGACAGGCCCUCCCAGGACACCACGAAGUCCUGAAGCCCCGAGUGUAUCUCCGCCUCAACUUCUAGAGCCCUGCCCGGAAUCUUUCCUUCUCCGCCCUUUCUGGCUGAUGCGAUGUUUGUAUCAAACGCUUGCUCACCCUAGUGGCGGAUACCUGACCACGAAGCUAUUCAUCCCUCGGGAUGCAUGGAAAGUGAGGAAUGUCAAGCUCAAAGCUCUUGAUGAUAAAGUGUCUCAGUGUGAUCUGUUAACGGCUGCAUUGCUCAAGCUUGCCAAAGUCGAUACGUUUGAUGCCGACUCAGUUCUCGAUGAGUUACAGUCAUUCGAAGUCGUUCUGGACCAGGUCCGAAACACGUUGCAGAAGAAGAUGGGCAGUGACGUGGGCUUUUCGGGGUCGUCCGGCCUUUUCAAGUCUGUUGGCGAAGACCAGGAGACCGGUAAAUCAACCAGCACGGCUGCCAAAUCCAUCGCGUCCAGCUGGCGCAAACUUCGGUCCAAAUCAAGUGCUCCAGCGAUGGGACACCAGAGCGGGCAAAAGGACGGGUCCUUGUCUGGCCCAAGCAUGGCGUCGCUGCCUAUGACUUCUUCGUCAGCUGUGGCUUCUUCACGGUCACAUCUGAAUCGCAAGAUCGCACUUCCGCCGACACCAACCCAGCUGGCGAAUGUUCAACCCGUCCAUGCGGCGUACAUGUCAAGUUUGGCACGCCUCUUUGACGCGGCGCAAGUGCUCGACGGCAUCGCCCGGCAAGUCGAAGACCCCGGACUAAAGUGCAGCAACAAAACCCAGGUCGGGUUGGAGUUGGGUGUUAAGAAUGCUGCCGAGUUCUUCGCAUUCUUCAUCAUUCGGUUUGUCAUGGCCGACUUGAUGCUGAUGGUGGACAAGUUCCUUAAGAGAGGAAGCGAAUGGGUACUAAGUUGAUGCGCCCCAGUUUCUGACGUUGUGGGAUGUCUGUCUGUAAUGCUAUCUGUUAUGAUGUUGCAGAUGAUUGUAUGUUGCCUUCCAGCGGCAUUGGCGGCGUUUUAUGGUGCUUGUUCAUGUUCGCCCGAUGUGCUUGCGCUUUCUGGGAUGUUUUUCUGGCGCUCCAGUAUCUGGUUUGUUGUGUUUUAUGAUACCACCCAUCGCCAGUGUUUCAAGGCAUAGGUUAUGUGGAAGAGCCUUCGAGGAAAACAGAGGGGACUUAGAAGGACAGAUAGAGAUGGGUCCGGAUAUGUGGUCAUUGUAUCAGGUAGACUGAGGAGACGAGGGCCGAUGUAGUCGAGAUACCUAGAGAGCUUACCAUUGUAUGGAACAUGUCUACCCGAGUUCUACUUUAGGGUGCG